AUGGACUUCGCUCUUCGUGGAGCCAGCAGGGCAGCCUUUAGCCCGGGCCCGAGGGCUGGAGGUCUCGACGACCGGAGAGUCCGGUCCCUCACUCAUGGAGUUGUCAACCGCCUGUGGAAUGCCCCUUCCAGAGCAGAGGGGUUUCCCACUGAGUCAUCUGGCUGUCAAAUCCCAGGGAGCUGUGUGCAGAUGGCAGGCUUCAGCCCCAGCUCUCGGCUUGCCUUCGCUUCCUCCAGCCAGCGAAGCAGCGCAUCCGCUCGGCACGGCCCGGAGGAGGCGGAAGCGCGGCCGGUGGGGCGGCGGGGCGGGCGCCGCGAACCCCCAGCGCGCAGACGCCUAGCGCCCCGGGAGCUGGAGGCUCUUUUCCUGCCGAGCCUUUUACCCGAGCCCCUGGCGGCUCCUCCGCGGGGCUCUGGGACUCUGGGCAGCACCUCCGAGGACCAAGGUGCCCCCCACUCCACUCCCCGCGGCAAACAGCCCCCAGCUGGCGCUGGCCUGAGUCUGGCGGUUUGCUGGGGCACCCUCGCCCUGAAGCCCCUAGACGCUUUGUCUGUCCGCUUUUUGACCCCGUGA